UAGCUAAUCAAGCACGCCUUGCACUGAGCGCUCAGCAGAGCGAAGCUCAGAUCACGGAAGGAGGUUACUGAUUCGAUAGUAAAUCUGUUGUGCAUUUGCGUAUAAUCCAGUUCGCCACCACGGAUCUUGCCGUCGAACCCGACAGGAGGAUCUAGCCGGCCGGCUGCGGCGGCAUGGAGCCAGGGUUCGGGAAGCGCCUGGUGCACGUGCUGCGCGCCGUCUACCACAUGCUGCGCCGCGGCCUCUGCUGCAAGCGCCUCAUGAUGGACCUCCACCUGCUGCUCGGCCGCGGAAAGCUCGCCGGGAAGGCGCUCCGCAACCUCGUCGCCGCGGUGAACCACCCGCAUGCCGCCCACACCGCUGCUGCCGGCGCCGAGGCGUCGCCGUCCUCGGCGCUGUCGUUUAGCCACGACCCCAGGGACGUGGAGUUCAGCUGCACCACCACGCCGUCGUACGCGCCGAGGGCCCUGUUCCCCUUCAGGAUCCGCGGCGGCCGCGGGGCCAGCCGGGGCGGCGGCGGCGGCCUCAACGUCGCCGAGGUAUCGCGCGUCUUCGAGAGGAUGAACGCCGAGGAGGCAGGCGCCGGCGCGGAGACGCCGUCGGCGGCUGGGGCCACGCCCUCGCCCAUGCUUGCCCUCAGCCUCGGCCGCAGCCCCGCGGGGGUCCGGCACCUGCGCGUCACCGACUCGCCAUUCCCCGUCGAGCCGGAGGGCGUCGACGAGCGCGUGGACGCCCACGCCGACGACUUCAUAAAGAGGUUCUACGAGCAGCUCCAGCUGCAGCAGGCGUUCGCCACGCCGGACAACUGCGUCCGCCGCCGUGGCUAGGCACCCGGCCAAUCGUGCGUGCUUGCGUGUGUCCGUGCAUGGCGCAGAUACCGAGGCAUGCGAACUACAAAUAUGUGGCCAUAGCGUCCAACUGUUUCACUGUCAUAUCACCAUAUAUAUGUGGGUUUCUAAUUUUUCUACCUGCAUGCAUGUGUAAUUUUCAUUUCGUUUGCCGAUGAGACGAGAUAAAAGACGGGUUUGCAGGAGCCCCGACAUGUGUAUCUGUCAAACUUACUCUCUGCAUAUAUGCAUACGAUAUGAAUUGGUAAAUUUUGAACAUUUCAAUUCAAGGAACAUGUGUUACGGUUUAAGUGGGCGUACAUAUUUAUUUAGAAAAGCUUAAAUAUCUGCCCGUUUG